UCUAUUUAUAGGGCUGUUAUGCAAAUACCAGAGCUCUAACUCGUACAAUUCGAUUGGACUUUCCCUCACGGGGGUGUAUCUUUGUCGCUGAUUGGUUACUAUAGGAUCCGUCUUCUCAUUGGUUGUAUAAGUGACGACUGUUUCCAGCCAAUCACCAAGCACUAAUCCCGCCCAGGGAAGGGAUAAAAGGGGGCAGACGUUGCGUCAGUAUGAUCGCCUCGUUGUUGUCGGGAAGGUUCUGCUUGUAGUUUUUUUAAGCGCCUAAAGUAUGUCCGGCCGCGGGAAACAGGGAGGCAAAGUCCGAGCUAAAGCCAAGUCGCGCUCGUCGCGGGCCGGGCUGCAGUUCCCCGUGGGCCGCGUGCACCGGCUGCUGCGCAAGGGCAACUACGCGGAGCGGGUGGGCGCCGGCGCCCCGGUGUACCUGGCGGCCGUGCUGGAGUACCUGACGGCCGAGAUCCUGGAGCUGGCGGGCAACGCGGCCCGCGACAACAAGAAGACGCGCAUCAUCCCCCGGCACCUGCAGCUGGCCAUCCGCAACGACGAGGAGCUCAACAAGCUGCUGGGCAAGGUGACCAUCGCGCAGGGCGGGGUGCUGCCCAACAUCCAGGCCGUGCUGCUGCCCAAGAAGACCGACAGCCACAAGGCUAAAGCCAAGUAAAACUCUUCCAACAAACAACCCAAAGGCUCUUUUCAGAGCCACCCACAUCUUCCCUGAAAGAGCAGGAACACCCGAGCCUACAAAUACUUGCUUCUCUGGAAACUUUUCAGAGGUUGAGGGAAGGUUUCUUAUGCAUAAACUUCCUAUAUAUUCCUUCAACUUUAUAUUUUGCUGAUCGGUGUAGGUCCCUGCAUUUUUCUUUCUCUAAGAAGUUAACGUACUUAUGUAAGCGUUUCUCAGCUUCCGUUUUCUGAAAAAAAACAAUAAAAGAUAGCGGUUU